AUGGCAGAUUUGGAUAUAGAUGAGGAAGAAAAGGCACGAAGAAUCACCGAAGAGGACCUACAGGGUCAUCGUAAGCAAACUUACAGCGGCUUCCUCCUCUUUUGGCUCAGCUUCCAAGCUACUGGAGUCAUCUACGGUGAUAUCGGAACCUCUCCUCUUUAUGUCUUCUCGUCGACCUUUUCCAGCCAACCCUCGUGGGAUGAUCUUGUCGGUGCUUUGUCGAUUAUUAUAUGGUCUCUGACUAUGAUUGUUACGGUCAAAUACUGCUUUAUCGUCUUAAACGCCGAUGAUGAUGGUCAAGGAGGUACCUUUGCCCUUUACAGUCUCCUAGCAAGGUACACCAACAUCGCGCGAAACAAAGAUCCUAGAGAAGCCUCCAUGGUACGCAUGGAGAGAUAUCACACCAACGAUCUCAAGCCUGGUGCCAAGAGUCUCCGCCACUUCCUCGAGAACUCCAAAUUCUCCCAGAUUAUGCUACAGCUCAUUGGCGUGCUGGGAGUUUCCAUGGUCAUGGCCGAUGGUGUUCUUACACCAGCGCAAUCUGUCCUCGGUGCCAUUCAAGGUCUCGAAGUCGUCAAGCCUGACUUCUCCACAUCAGCCAUCGUUGGGAUCUCGUGCGCCAUCCUGGUGCUACUCUUCCUUAUCCAACCCUUUGGAACUACUAAGCUUGGAACUAGCUUCGCGCCCAUUGUGACGAUCUGGCUCCUCCUCAAUAUGGUUACUGGCAUCUACAAUCUUGUCAAGCAUGAUCACACGGUUCUCAAGGCCUUCAGCCCCUCUUACGCCUUCACGUACCUUGCCCGCAACGGAAAGGAGGGAUGGACUUCUCUGGGAGGUUUACUCCUGGCUUUUACUGGCGUCGAGGCACUCUUUGCCGACUUGGGCGCUUUCAGCAAGCGUGCCGUGCAAAUUUCAUGGCUAUGCCUGACUUACCCGUGCUUGCUCCUCGCGUACACUGGUCAGGCUGCAUUCAUUUCGACUGACAAGACUCAAACGGCCUUCACAAACCCUUUCUUCAAGACUCUGCCCCCUCACACGCUGGGCUUCGGUUUAGUCAUGGCCAUUCUUGCAGCGAUUGUCGCAUCGCAAGCUAUGAUCACAUCGGCUUUUCAGCUUCUGACCCAGAUCAUGCGCCUUUCAUAUUUUCCUCAUAUCAAAGUCGUUCAUACAAGCAGAAAGUUCUCCGAGCAAGUGUAUAUUCCACUGGCGAAUUGGCUGCUAAUGAUUGGUACGGUCAUUGUCACUGCUGUAUAUAGCAACACCACAUCUCUUGGUAACGCCUAUGGUGUCUGUGUUAUUGCUGUUACCUUCAUUACAACAUGUAUGGUUGCUCUCGUUGCGAUCCUCGUCUGGAGACUGCCUUUCUACAUCGUCUUGCCCGUCUGGCUGAUCUUUGCCGCGCUCGACGGCGCAUACCUCUCAUCCGUCCUACAAAAGGUCCCACAGGGCGCUUGGUUCACCAUUGUACUGGCUGCCAUUCUUUGUUCCGUCUUCACUCUCUGGCGAUUCGGCAAAGAGGCUCAGUGGAAGGCCGAAUCGCUGGAUCAACUUACGCUUGCAACUCUUGUCAAGUCAGACCAGGGAACCUCGGGGUCAUCCAAUAAGUCUCUAAUCCUGAAUGAUGUGUUUGGUGGUAUGCCCAUCACGACUGUGCCCGGCUUGGGUAUCUUUUUUGACAAAGCCGGAGACACAAAGCACCUGCCCGCAUGCUUUACGCAUUUUGUCAUCAAGUUUGCUGCCCGGCCAUCAGUUGUCAUCUUCUUCCACAUGCGACCUCUCACAGUGCCUUCAGUGCCCCUCAAAGAGCGGUACAUUAUUACGCAUAGGAGCGGUCUUAUCAACUGCUACAACGUUACUCUCCGUCACGGUUAUAUGGAUGACGUGUUGCACCCGGGCCUCGCGCGCGAAUUGGUAGGACAAAUUGAACUGACCGUUUCCAACGGUCGUCACCCUGGUUUUACGGAGCUUCAGACACUGCGGGCUGCAUAUGGAUCUCAGAUGGUGUACAUUCUUGGAAAGGAAGCUAUCAGAGUGAAGAGUGGCGGUUCUAUGACCAGCCGUGUCGCUGGAUUCUUCAGAGGAGUGGUGUUGUGGAUAUUCCUGUGGAUGAGGGAGAACUCGCGCACGAAAUUGGCAGACCUCAAUAUUGAUGCCGAUAAGCUGAUUGAGGUGGGAUUUUUGAAGGAGAUUUGA